CAUUUGAAUUUAAUGUUUCGAUGAAAUUUUGAGGGGCCCCGAUACGAUCUGGGCCUAUAGGGCCCCAUGAAUCCUAAAGACGCCUCUGUAGAGAAUUGUACAGCAGCGCCCUCUAUUAUGUGGAAUUUGCGGUCCUGAGGAAAGGGUGGGAGAUGCGAUGCAAUUGGGUCCGUCGUGGAGGUAGGAUUCCGAACCCUUCAAAAGCUGCGCAGGGACGCCAUCAUAGUUUCAGUGUCUGUUCAGUUGCGAUGCGAAAGCAAAAAUAUCAAAAUGUGGCACGCUUCGAUUGAGGAAGCUAUCAUUACAAAAAAUACGUGUUUUUUCGACAACCUGAUCAGAAGUCUAGGCUUGAGUAAUUUGAAUUAUUAUAUUAUCAGGGACGAAGAAGGCUUUAUUUUACUGCAUGUUGCAGUCAAUUAUCACAACGUCGACCAAAUGGUCAAGUAUUCCCUAGACAAAGGUACGUGUGUGAACAUUGUAUAUUUUCUGUAAGGACAAUGCAAAAUUUACUCUAUCAAAUUUUUAUUGUAUUUACGAAGAAUCCGUUGAAAAUAAUCAACCAAUUAUUAUUUCUUACGGGUCUCGGCAAAUCGGCCGGUUUAACCGUUCUUCAGGUAGCCGUUUAUUUUUACAAGCAUAGCACACUCGAACUCCUCUUAAACUACGGCUUCGAUAUCAACGAUAAGGACGCGUUCGGCUGUACGCCAUUGUUCGUAGCUGGAACCAAGUACAGUACGUUUUAUCGCUCCGCUUUUCCCGAGCCCGGUGUCAUUUUUCAACUGGUCCGCCGAGGCGCCGACAUCAACGCUGCGACAGAGCUAGAUGAUACACCCUUAUUAUGCGCCAUAGUGCAUUAAGCUGAGCUACUUGUACUGAUGUACAUCGGACGCGGUGCAGACGUAGGCCAUCGCGAUAUGAACGGUCACAAUGCGCUGCAUUACGCAGCGAGAAGAGGUCAGUGGAAGACUGUUGAGAUUCUUCUAGACGCGGGUACUGACGUGAACAGCCUCACCGACGAAGGCAGCACAGCUCUGCACUUGGCUGUCGGCAAUUAUUCUAAUGCCGAGACUGUGGAACUUCUUAUAAGACGCGGCGCGAACGUCAAUAUUAAGGAUCACAGGGGUAAAACGCCGAUCUUCAUGGCGAUCGAAGCCGGAAUCGGCGACGACGAAGGCGAGAAUGACCAGGAGGGAGAAUUAGCGGCGCACCGUAUCUAUCACAUAACGCGUAGUCUGCUAGAUGCCGGUGCCGAAGUCAACGCGAUCAGUGAGGCCGGUGAGUCGGCCUUCCAUCGUGCUCUCGUCUACGGCGUCGAUGGCGUAAUCGAGCUGUUCCUCGAACGAGGUGCCGAUAUCCAAUCAAGGAACGCCAACGGAAUUGCAGUCAUGCACGUAGCCGUGGAACAUGCAUCCGAGCGAAUCGUCAAAACGCUCAUAGACAGAGGGCUCACAGCCGAUGUCAGAAACUCGCUCGGGGCUACACCGUUGCACAUUGCUGCGCUAUUCGGCAAGGGGGCGCACGUUGCGCUAUUACUCGCCAGAGGAGCUAAUAUCAAUGCCACCGAGAUCGGAGGCUGCACUCCUCUGCAUUUCGCCACUCAGUUCUCUUGGUGGAACGAGGACAAGGCCAAUAACGGCGUUCACGAACUCCUCCUGCUCAACGGCGCUGACCCUUUGAUCGAAUCGAACAGUGGAGCGAGUCCGUUGGAUGACGCGGUUGCAAUUUCGAACGCCGCGAUGACCAGGUUUUUGCUGCGCCAUCUAGCCUAUCUGGAAGCUUUGGGCAAUACCAAAGCCUCGGAAGUGGCCAUGCGUGGAAUCGGCAAGGACGAACGACGGCUGCAGAUUUACAAAAACCGCCAGCUGGAGAUGGCCCAAAUGAAAGAGACAAAGAUCUUCAGGGAUAUCAGCUAUUUCGACUUGAUUGGCCGUAAUUUGGAGAAAUCGGUACGGGACAUACGGUUCGUCGAAGCUUUCGUGGGCAACCAGACGAUCAGGGAAUUUGACUUUUAUAGACAAAUCUGUAAGAAUUUCGUAAAUGCCUUGUACAGGUACAACCUCGUCGUGAGAACGAGCGAAUAUCUAUCCAAUGCGUUAACCACUGUAACAUAUCCAGUGAUUAAGGGUAUAGUGCAAUAUUUGGAGUUGGAGGAUCUUGAGAGAUUGCAGGACUCGGAAUCCGAGGACGAUGAUAAUAUAUACGAGAACGCCAUGAUGAAUUUUAUGAAAUUGUUAAACCCAGCGUUGGAUUAAUGUAAUUAUUUAUAUUCGUAUUUAUAUCUACAAUUUCUCCGAAAAUAACCUGUGAAUAAAAGAAGUUAUUAUUUA